AUGUGGCCCUCCUUCACCUAUACAGGGCGGAUUCUAAACUUGCCAUUGUCUCACCAUCUUGUGCAGGCCUCUGUGCACCAAAUCAUCCUUCGUGUCUCUGCUAUCCACUUUGCCAAGGGGCCAUGUCCCGGUGUUGCCGUUCUCCAACCCUUAUUCGCCGCCGGAUGCGAAGCAUGCAAUCACGUAGACCGGGAGAAUGUCCGUGCGUUGCUCUCACGACUCGAGUCACAGUAUGGAAUGGGGAAUGUGAAAAAGGCCAAAGAAUUUUUGGAAGACCUAUGGGCCAUGAGAGACGACAGUGAAGAUGUUGAAGGGAGGGUGAGGUGGGAUACAGUCAUGGUGGAGAAAGGACUUGACAUUCUCCCAUAUUGA